AUGCCCGAGGUCUACACCUGGCUGGCAGGGAUGUCCACGGCCAGCAGUGAGUGUCUGCUGCCCUACUACACGGCCCACAGCUACCGCUCCGUGGGCGUGUUCAACACCUCCAUGGGAAACCUUCAGAGGCAGCUGUACAAGGGAGGAGAGUAUGAGAUUUUCAAGUACGCGCCGAUGUUUGAGAGCGACUUUAUCCAGAUCAGCAAGAAGGGGGAGGUCAUCGAUGUCCACAACCGCGUCCGCAUGGUGACGGUGUGCAUCGCGUCCACCAGCCCCAUCCUCCCGCUGCCAGAUGUCAUGCUGCUGGCCCGCCCCGCCAAGGUCUGCGAGCCGCUCGCCCCGCGGGGCCGGAGGGUCAAGGCGAGGGUACGCAAGCCCGCCAAGACCCUGGAGCUGACCAGGCUCUUCCCCUUGAAGUUUGUCAAGAUCUCCAUCCACGACCGCGAGAAGCAGCAGCUACGCCUGAAGCUCGCCACGGGCAGAACCUUCUACCUGCAGCUCUGCCCGUCCUCGGACGAGCGGGAAGACCUCUUCUGCUACUGGGAGAAGCUGGUCUACCUGCUGAGGCCACCGGUGGACAGCGGCGGCAGUAGCCCCAUGCUCCAGAGCGGGAGUACAGCCACGCCCCAGGACAAGAAAAGCCCGGUGGUCUCUGAGGUCCUUGGAGAAGGAGACUCGGGGUGUGAGCUGUUUCCUGGUGUGUCUGCAGCCACCUCUUCUGCAUAUGCCGGGGGAGAGGGAACCCGGGGGUCCUUUCCAGCUGCUGCAGCCGCCCACACUCCAGGAGCAGGAACGGCAGGUGGCGUGGUGAUGACCGAGGCCACUGCAGGCUCCGCAAAAGGUGUGUCAGUCCUGGGCUCAGGAACAAGCCCUGACUUGGGCGCUGUGUGCAUGGCAACCACCACGUCUCCAGGCCCGGGCCAGCUAAGCACAGCGCUGGCAGGAACCGCCACCAAGGACCCAGGAGGAAGUGGGCCCAGCAAGGCCUUGGCAGCUGCCGCGAACUUAUCCACCGAAGGUCUCAAUGUGCUCUUGGCGGGUGCUGCCAGCACCUCCUCCGUGGGCACCUCCACGGGCGAGGGGACCAGCAUUUGCCCAGACAACAGCUUGAGUGUGGUCUUUGCAGGCACCUUGACCACCAAGAGGUCUGGCGCAGAAAAAGCUGAAGGCCUGGCAGUGGCUCCCCUCGUAUCGACCCUGCAGAGCGAGGGCUACAUGUGUGAGAGGGACGGGAGCCAAAAAGUGCCCAAGUCCAGCUCCGAGGCCCGGAAGGAAAGAAGAGAAAGAGACAAGAAGGACAGAAAGGCCGGCAGGAAAAGUUCCCGUCACAAGAGGACAAGUGACCGUCACCGCAGCUCAGGCAAGGACAAGACCCGGAAAUCGUCCUCCCACCGGUCCGCAUCUGGCCACGGGAAAAAGAGAGCGACCAAAAAAGGAAAAAGGCACAGCAACGUGAAGGGCAGGAGACACAGAUCCUCCCAUAAGAGCGAGUCCCGGAAGGCUCACAAGCCGAGGAAGAGCCGGUCGACACCGAGCCCUGGGGCUGUGAGUAAGAAACCCAGCAGAAUUAGCUCUUUUCUGAGGAGCUUCCUAGUAAGGCCAGCUUCAAAAACCAGGGUCGCCUCCCACGAUCAGGAGGUGGGCGUAGUGGCGGAGAAGGUGGAGAAGCACAGCAUAGAGAGAACGGAGGAGAAAGGCCAGGAUUUGGAGUUCUGUGGGACCAUCACAUCUGAGACCAUGGAGACGAUUGUCUUUGAAACAAAAUCUAUUUAA